AAGGCGCUCCUCCGUCCAUGCUCCGCGCGGUGACCGGCUUCCCGGAGCUGUGAGGAGAGCGGGCGAGCUGGGACUCCGUGCCAUGGCCGCAGUGAGCUAUGAGGAUGUGCAUGUGAACUUCAGUCAUGAAGAGUGGGCUUUGCUGGAUCCUUCCCAGAAGAGUCUCUACAAGGAUGUGAUGCUGGAGACCUACUGGAAUCUCACUGCUGUAGGAUACAAAUUGGAAGACCUGAAUAAUGAGGAACACUCUCAACGCUCUAGAAGAUAUGGAAGACAUAACAACUGUCACUCUGGAUACAAGCCUUGUGAACUUAAGGGACAUGGGAAGAAGCAGUGCACCUUUGCAGAUACAAGGUUUCUUCAAACAGAUGAAAGAAUCCAUACUGAAGGGAAGCCCUAUGAAUGUAAGCAAUGCAGUCAAAUCUUUGCAAAUUUCUGUCAUCUUCGAAAACAUGAAAAAAACCAUACUAGAGAAAAACUAUAUGAAUGUAAUCACUGUGGUAAAUCCUUUCCAAGUCGCAAUUCUCUUCAAAUACACAACAGAACUCAUACAGGAGAGAAACCUUAUGAUUGCAUCGAAUGUGGCAAAGCAUUUACAUGUAGCAGUAAUCUUCUACUACACAAAAGAACUCAUACAGGAGAGAAACCCUAUGAUUGCAAUGACUGUGGUAAAGCUUUUGCAAGUAGCAGUAAUCUUCAAAUUCAUAAAAGAAAGCACACUGGAGAGAAACCGUAUGGAUGUAAUCAAUGUGGUAAAACCUUUGCAUAUAGCAAUGCUCUUCAAAAACAUGAAAGAAGUCAUACUAGAGAGAAAAUCUAUGAGUGUAAUCAAUGUGGUAAAGCCUUUGCACGUCAUAGGAGUCUUCAAAAUCAUAAAGAACAUCACACUCUUGAAAAACCAUUUGAAUGUAGUCAGUGUGGUAAAGCCUUUGCAUAUAGCAAUAAUCUUUUUAUACAUGAAAGAAGUCAUACUGGAGAAAAGCCAUUCAAAUGUAUUCAAUGUGGUAAAGCCUUUCCAAGUCACAGUUCUCUUCAAAUACAUGAAAGAACUCAUACAGGAGAGAAACCCUAUGACUGUAAUGAAUGUGGUAAAGCAUUUGCAUGUCGCAGUAAUCUUCUCCUACACAAAAGAACUCAUACAGGAGAAAAACCCUAUCAUUGCAUUGAAUGUGGUAAAGCAUUUGCAUGUAGCAGUAGUCUUCAAAAACAUGAAAAAACUCACACUGGAGAGAAACCGUAUGAAUGUAAUCAGUGUGGUAAAGCCUUUGCACGUCGAAGUGAUCUAUAUAUACAUGAAAGAAUCCAUACUGGAGAGAAACCAUAUGAGUGUAAUCAAUGUGGAAAAGCAUUUGUACAUUGCAUUAGUCUACAGAGGCAUGAACGAACUCACACUGGAGAGAAACCCUAUGAAUGUAAUCAGUGCGGUAAAGCCUUUACACGUCGCUUUAGUCUUCAAGUACAUGAAAGAAGUCAUAGUGGAGAGAAACCUUAUGAGUGUAAUCAAUGUGGUAAAGCCUUUGCAAGUCGUAGUAGUCUUCGAUAUCAUAGAAAACAUCAUACUGUUAAGAAACCAAUUAAUCAAUGUGGUAAAGCCUUUCCAUGUUGCAGUCAUCUUCAAAUACACAAAAGAAAUCCUACUGGAAAGAACUAUGAGUGUAGUCAAUGUGGACAAGCCUUUAUAUGUCACAGUAGUCUUCGUAAUCACAAAAAAAUAUGUCAUAUGGAGAGAAACCCUUCAAAUGUAAUAUGGUUUACAGAAUUGUCAGGGAUACCGGAAAAAUUGCAGGUGGAGAUUGAAGCACUUGGGAAACUACACGCACUGGAACAAGAACAAAAAGACUCAGUCCAGGUGACUGCACAGGACAGCAGGACUUUCUGACAGGAAUAAAGUGAGAAAGAAACUGCUCUUGAGGGUCCUCAGGUCAGAGAAAAGCUGAAAAGAAAGGAUGGCAGUCUGAUGAAACAGCCUAUUUCAAGAGAAAGGGUUAAUCUCCAAACAAUUGUGCCACUAGAGUGGGAGGCAGGGCAGCCUGGAGUUACAAAAUCAUUAUCAUGUUUCCCAGUAGUUAUACAGCAAGUGCCUGCUAAUAGGGUGAAACAAAGUUAUGACAAGAUAGGAUGGCAUCCUGUUGAGAUGGUAAAUCUAAGGCAUUUUAAGGAGGCCAUGGUUUCAUUUGGGAUGUCCUCAUCUUAUGUGAAACAAAUUCUAAAUGACUGAUGUACUCAAAAUAGAAAUAUACCUUUGCCCACGCUGAAAGGAAGGAGCAUGGAUAUUGAAAAGUGAAACAGUGUAAGGGGAUGACUAUAGUAAAAGACCAACCGCUAGGCAAAGGGCAGUGCUCUGAUGUAAGAACAAAAGCAAUUCGAUUUUGUUACUAUAGAACAGUGUUGCUUAGUGGCUUUAAGAGUUUGGGACAAAUUUGAGAAGAAUAAUAUAAGAUCCACCUCAUUUAUAAAGAUUAUAUAAGGAUCUGAAGAAGCUGUC